AUGGCGAUCACGUGGGGAGAUUGUCCGCGUUUGAUCUGCUCGAUUCUGCUACCACCGCUGGGCGUGUUCCUCCAAGUAGGCUGCAACAAGGACUUCGCUAUUAACUGCCUGCUCACGCUGCUAGGAUAUAUUCCUGGUAUUAUCCACGCCGUGUAUAUCCUCGUCAAAGAGUGA